AUGGAAAUCAUCGGAAAGGAGCGAUGUCGUAUUUUGUCUUCUGGAUGGGGUUCCUUUUGCAAAAUACAAUUAACAAAUGGACAACAAGUAUCUACCCUCUGUUAUCAAGGGACCAACCUAUGGCUGCUCAUACAGAGACGACUUGAUGGAUCAGUGAAUUUCACGAGACACUGGACAGAUUAUGAAAACGGUUUUGGAUGCUUGGAAUCCGAGUUUUGGCUUGGCAACAGGAACAUUCAUGAGUUAACAGAUGAUGGUUAUCAGUAUUUACGAAUAGAAAUGAUGGACCAUGACGGUGUUUGGAAAUAUGCAGAGUAUUCGACCUUUCAUGUUGAAUCUGCCAGCUUGAAAUAUAAACUGCAUAUCGAUGGUUAUUCUGGGGAUGCAGAUGACAGCUUGUUGUACCAUGACGAGAUGUUCUUCAGUACAUUUGACAAUGACAAUGAUAAUUAUACUGAAAACUGUGCCCAAUUAAGGCGCGGAGGAUGGUGGUACAAAUAUUGUCACAAGGCUAAUUUAAAUGGAGAGUAUGGAAACGCAGAAUUUUCCAAUGGCAUCAAUUGGAACUCCUGGAGAGGAUUUUACUACUCCAUGAAGGAAGUCAGAAUGAUGGUCCGAAAAAAUGGAAUCUAUUAGAAUCAAUGAAAAUCUCAAUUUCCAACUCUUAUGGAUUUAAAGUAUACGUUUCUUUUUUUCAGAUAUUGGGUUAUGUCUUGU